AUGUAAAAUAAUCCAUCAUUUUCUUAAAAUUUAAUACCUAUCGUUUGCUUAGACAUUGGGGGAACAUUAACGAAAUUAACAUUUGCAACUAAGAAAGGGGUUAGUUUAAAAUGUCAAACUAAAAAAGAACUCAACAUCAUAAAUGAGACUGAGGAUUAUGAAAUCCAUUUUAUCUCUCAUCCCAAUUCAUUAGAUAAGUUGAUUGAAAAUUUGGAAGGAAUUGGCUUCAUCGUGGAUGGAAAGUCGUAUAUCUAAAAUUUUUAUAUCACAGGAGGAGGAUCAUUUAAGUAUUAUGAUUAAAUUUCCAAUUAUGGAAAAAUCAUCAGGAUUAAUGAAUUUGAUGCUCUAAAAUUCGGGUUUAAAUUGUUAGAUAGCAUUAAAUGCAAAAAUACAUACUUUACUUUUAAUAAUGGUAUUGAAUAUUUGUAGUUGACGGCUUCAAUUUACCCAUUUAUAUUGGUUAAUAUAGGAAGUGGAGUUAGCAUAUUAAAAUUUGACAAUGAAGAUCAAUUUGCCAGAAUCUCAGGCACAUCUUUAGGAGGUGGAAUGUUUUUGGGAUUGAGUCAUCUGUUUACUGGCAUUAAUGAUUUCGAUGAAUUAUUAAAAAUGACUAAAUAAGGUUCUAAUGCACAUACAGAUUUAUUGAUGGAUGAAGUUCAUUUAGGAUUUUAAUCUCCAACAAGAAACAAAAAUGAAAAGCAUGUAGCAGUCAGUAUGGGAAAAUUAGAUUAAAAUAUAAAUAUUAAUAAAUCGGAUCUAGUCAAAUCUUUACUUUAUAUGACUACUUACAACAUCAGCCAAAUAGCCUUCCUGCAUUCAAAGUUACAUAAUAUUGAAAGAGUAUUCUUUUCCGGACAUUUCAUAAGAAAUCAUGAAGAAACAUUACAAUGCAUUAACGAAGCUUUCUCCUACUUCUCAAAAUUAGAUUAGUAAAAUAGACACCCUUAUUUUAUAAAACAUGAUGGAUUUAUAGGAAGUUUAGGAUCAUUUUGGAAUGGAAUUCAAUCAUUUAAAUAAGGCAACGAUUGA